GCCUUGGAACACCUCCAAACAUUCCAGCAUGGGGUCGGUCAUCGAACCUCCGGCCUCCGACUCUCCUGAUCUUCUCAUUUGUCAGCCCACUCCCGAAGAAUGUGUCAAGAUCUGGUCCAACACGGCAGCGUCAUGGAAAGACUCGCUCACCAAAAUCGUGUACCUUGAUGAGUCUCAGUACCUUACCACGGUGCCACUUGCCAAGGAUGGAGGAAUGACCAAUUGGGUUCUCGUCGAUAGAAACCACCCGCCCAACCAGCGUCAGAUCCUGUGCUCAUGCGAAAGCUUCCGGAAGCGGUGUCUCACCAGCGAUAAGGAGGGAACCAUUGAAGAGGGCAUCGUUCAUGGCGUCGCCAGCGUUUUCUGCCCAUCCGAGUACCGCGGCCGCGGCUACGGGGCUCGUCACAUGAACGAGCUGGCCAAGGUACUGAGGGAAUGGCAGCCCGGAUAUGGCAACAGCAUUGGUAGCAUAUUGUACUCAGAUAUUGGGACAGAGUACUACGCUAAGCCUGGCUGGCUACCAAGCCCUGGGAACUGGCACUUUGUCCUCCCAUCGGCCCAAACGGAGGUUCCGGUGACGGCACGGUUGAUUCUUGAAUCGGAGCUGGAAACCCUCUGCGGCAGAGACGAGGCAAUGGUGCGGAAGGCUAUGGCCACGCCUAGCAGGGCGUCGAAACGUGUGGUGGUCCUUCCUGACCUGAAUCAUAUGCUAUGGCAUAUCCGGAAGGAGGACUUCGCAACCAACCAUAUCCUCGGAGAGAUAGCAGAGGCCAAAGGGGCAAUCGCUGGUGCCCCUGGAACACAGGUCUGGAUAGUUUGGGUGCGUCGGUAUUACGAGCACCCAGAUCAUCCUGAACAGGAGGACCGCGAUGGAGUGAAUGUCCUUUACGUUCUCCGUCUUGUGAUUGAAGCUGACGAGACCGCCAAUAAACCCCACGAGGACUACUUGGAACCCAUAUCAGCAGAUAUUUACGUGGAACAGGCAGCGGCUCUAAAGUCCGUGUUACAGGCUGCCCAGGCCGAGGCAGCAAAAUGGCGCCUCGACCAGGUGCAAAUAUGGGACCCGUCCCCCCUAGCACAGAGUCUUCUCGAAAAGAGUGGGAUAGACGCAAGUCGAGUUGAGCGGCAGACCGACAGUAUUGCGAGUGCCCUGUGGUUCACGAAAGGAAGCGAUGUCAGAGAACUCUCUCCGCAAUGGAUCAAUAACGAGUAUUAUGCAUGGUGCUAGAGAGUCGGACUAGGCGGCUCAUUGAAGACUUUCGUCCCAUGGCUCCUCAGAGCUCAUCACAGAUUUGUGAUGCACUUCCUGUACACUUCCCGCGAAAUGAGCCCAACCUGACCAUUCUCAUCUUGAACGCUUUGGUCAGCUCCGGAGUCCAACAGCAGUUUGGCGAAAGAGGCUGACAUGCAGGAGGCCAUGUGGAGCGCCGUCUUCCCCCAGAUGCAUUAGUGGCACUUUC